AUGGGAUACCCCCAUAUUACUGACCUCAGCUUAUCUCUUUCAUUCAACAACGCAAAGCCUUCACCUUUGAUUCCAAACCUUUUACCUUUCUUCAAUCAUGGAGAUUUCGGUAAACCCCACCCUUUUUCUUGUAACAUUUCAUUCAUUUUUUCUUCUUUGAAUAAUGCAAACGAGAGAAGUCAACAGUCAUCAGGGAGUUCACGUUGGAACCCAACGCCGGAGCAGUUAAUGACACUCGAGGAGCUCUAUCGACGCGGCACACGGACGCCGUCCACGGCUCAAAUCCAACAAAUUGCGGCGCUGCUUCAGCGGUUCGGGAAGAUCGAAGGGAAGAACGUUUUCUACUGGUUCCAGAACCAUAAAGCAAGAGAACGUCAAAAACGCCGCCGUCAGCUUAACAAAACUCCUGACGAACAACAACAUUGCGAUGCCGAUGGCUUGGAAAAGAAGGAAUCAGCAGCAUCUUCGUUGGGUCGCUGCGAAAUUGAACCGACAAACAACCAGGCUUCUCCUUCAAACGUAUGUAAACUCUCCGAGGGUUUCAUAUCAACGCAUGGAACUGCAAAAAGUGGAAGAAACAAGUGGAUGCAAAUUCACGACAAGGAACUAUGCUUGGAGCUGUCUUGUUCGGGAACAACUUCAUCAGACACUGGAAAUUUAUGUCCAUUGAAACCACACCAAGAAAACAAUAUCACUCACGAAGAAGACAACAGACAAGACCAGACCCUCGAGCUGUUUCCCCUUGGAACCGGCAUUAAUAUCAGCAACAAAGACACCCACCAACAAGUGCCCAUCACAGCCAUAACUACAACAACGACAACCCGAUAUUUCGAGUUUCUUCCUCUGAAGAACUGAACAACAACACGGGAAGGUGGCCGGUGGGUAGCUAUUAGCUAAAGCUUAGCAUGUGGGCAACAGAUACGCAGAAAUUAAAUACUAGUUUUUCCAUUUGAGUUAAAAAAGAAGGUUAACAUUUAAGCCUGUCGUUAGUUUUGUUUUUUUGUGACAAACUAGGGACUGUUUCAUGCUGUGUCUGUCACGCAUGGUGCAACUGUGAAGACAAGGACAUGUAGUUAAUCUUG